AAGGACCUCCCUGUAACACCGGAGAGUCAUGAUGUAAUUAGAACGCCGUACAACCAAACCACGACCAACCUGGAAUGAUGACUUCAUGGAGGAGAGUUUGCACUGUUCUCCAAAACUGAGGACCUCAAAGUCUUCAAAAGCUAUUCUUCAACACUACCAUCCCUCAUCAUUUCACUCCAUCAACUUCACUUACACAGUCACACCAAUAACUCACCCAGCCAAACACACCACCACCACCACCACCGCCACUAACCACUAACAACCACCCGACAUGACCCGCAACAUCUGCAUCACCUCCGCCGACGGCCAAACCGGCUUCCUCAUCGCCGAGCUACUCCUAACCGACGACAAGUUCAAGCAGCAGCUCACCAGCCUCACAGCACUCACACUAGACCCGUCCUCAGCGAAAGCCAAAGAGCUGCAGGCGCUCGGCGCCGUGGUGGUAGCUCACCGACCCGGCCGGGAGCGCGACGUGGCCGCGGCGCUGCAGGAGGCCGGCUGCGACACGCUCUGCCUGGUGCCGCCGGCGCGCGCCGACAAGCUGGACGUGGCGCUGGAGCUGGCGAGCGCGGCCAAGAAGGCCGGGGUCGCGAAUGUGUUGCUGAUCAGUGCGGCCGGGUGUGACUAUGCGGAGCGGGAUGGGCAGCCGCGGCUGCGCGAGUUUGUGGAUCUGGAGAGCGUGGUGUUGAGUGCGAAGGGGGAUCCCGGGAGCGCGUUGGGGCAUUCGCCUUGUGUGAUUCGGGCUGGCUUUUAUGCCGAGAACCUCCUCCUCUACUCCGAACAGGCUCGCAACGAAGGCCUGCUGCCGCUUCCGAUCGGCGAGAAUCACAAGUUUGCUCCUAUUGCGCUUGGUGACGUCUCUCUUGUGGCCGCCCACGUCCUCACGGGCAAGGGCCCGCACGGGUUCGACGACCGGCAUCGCGGCCAGAUGAUGGUCCUCACCGGCCCUAUGCUCUGUUCGGGCAAGGAACUCGCCGAAUCGGCCAGCAAGGCCCUGGGUCAGACCAUGGAGUUUGAGAAUAUCUCCGAACGCGAGGCCAAGCGAGUUCUCAAGUCACAGACCGACCUCGACGACUCGGAAAAGGAGUACAUCCUCAACUACUAUAGCCUGGUACGCGAGGGUAAGACUAACUACAUCUCGACGACGGCGUUCCAUGACGUCACGGGCCAACACCCGACAGAGCCGGACGAGUUCUUCCGCAACUAUGCCGGCGAGCUGCGGCCGAAGAAGAAGUUGCGGAGCAGUUAGGGUGAAAGUGGGACUCGAGGUCUAUAAACGGUGAUCGUAUUUUUGUCUGGUUUAUUAUGUCUUGAGGACCUGAAGUUGAUCUAUUAAAUGGGAAUACUAGAGACCCUGCGAAAACAACUGGUGAAUAAAAAAGAGGUCCUUUCCUUGCUUCCGUCAUCCGUGUCCAUCACCAUCCGCCCCCUGAUCAGUCCGUCCACCCAAGCAACCGUUGCAAGCUGCACCUUAACGCCCCGAAAAUCUACCAAAAUCACCCAACUCCACAAUGACCCGUCGCCCAACU